AUGGAGAUUAUUAAUUCAGAAUUAAACGUUCCUUUUAAAUAUAUGCAAUUCGUCGAUGAGAGAAUAUGUGUGACAGUAAACAAAAAUUGGCUAACUAAUUUAAAAAACAUUGGAAGAAUUAAUUUUAUCACGCACGAACGUUUGUCUAUUGAUGAAAUAGCUGCACAACCUCCUCUCGAAGAACUAGGAUCUAAUUGGACCCGUAUUUACAUAAAAAUUUAUGAGAAACAAUUCAGUGAUGCGAUACCAUUACCCAGGGAUAAACAUUCCACAAAUAUAAAAAUUCAAUCAGAUCUUACAUUUUCACAAUUAUUACGUUACGUUUCAGAAACAAAUUAUCGUAUAUGGAAUUUAUAUGAAUCUAAGGAACAGCCACUAUUGACGCCAAGCAGUGAUGAUAUUGCAGUGAUGCAUGAAGUAUUAUCUCGACUUUACAGUUGUCCUUUGAUACACAUAAAAGACAGUAAAGUCAUUUCAGUAACUCCUGGUGUAAAUGAUAGCAAUAAUUUACAUUGCAAUCUUUUACCAGCGAUGUUUGCUAUCGAAACAUCAUCAGCUUUCAUGAUUUUUCAUGAGCAAAUAGCUAAAUUUUCCCUCCAAGAGUGUGUGAUGUAUAGUCCUGCCACAUUAUCGACAAGUUACAAUAAACCUUUAUUUUUAGUCUAUCAAUUACUACAUUUAUCGAGAGAUCUUCAUGACUCGGGACUUGCUCUCGGUGAAAUAACUCUCAGUGAUAUUUUAUUAAUGGAUAAUUAUAUAAUACAAGUACUGCCUAAAUUGGAUGACAAUAUUUAUUUGAAACCCGACGUCCAAACUCGUGCUCUUAUUGAUGAAAAAAAAAAUUAUUCUACUGUUAAAAAAUCAUUUUCUAGUCCGUCAAAAAUAGAUGGUACAAAAGGACCAAAUUUUGGUUUUAAUCAAAAUAUUGAGAUUCUUUGUGAGAUGUGGAUCUAUGGCCAGCUUAGUAAUUUUGAUUAUCUGACAGCGUUAAAUAAUUUAGCUGGACGUAGAUUUGGUGAUCCUAGUUGUCACCAUGUGAUGCCUUGGUCAAUCCAUGAAGACUUACCAGACCUGGAGUUGCCAAGCUGGGCCCGGUCACCCGAAGACUUUAUCGAGAAGCAUCGUGAGGCACUGGAGAGUUUCUACGUGUCGGAGAGACUGCAUCACUGGAUAGACUUAACAUUUGGCUAUAAACUAUCCGGUUUAGCGGCUAUUAUAUCCAAGAAUGUUUGCCUACAACUUGUUGACAAUCAUACAAACUUGACCAAUUCUGGGGUAGUUCAGCUUUUUACGUAUCCCCAUCCUCAGAAAAUAGUCCCUUCGCCGUAUUGGAGUAAAACAGCACCUAGAAUACGUAAUUUGACGCCAAAAAAAUCAAAGACUGACAAAUCUGCAGAUAAAACGAGCGACGACGAGGGCCAUAGUUCUGGUUUUGAAGAAGUAGAAUCACCUGUCACACUAAACGUAACAAGAUCAUCUCCAUUAGCUCUAAGUCGCUUACUGAGUCGCUCCCGCGGAUCUCUAUUAGCCACGGAUGACAAUUCUCGCUCAGAAAAGACAUCCCAAACAAUCCAACUUCCCAAAGAUUACAAUCCCGUAUCCGCGCUUAAUCAAGUAGAAUCAAUGCACUCGUUUAUCAGCAAAGUGUCUCACCGAAUUUACAAGCCGGAAAUAACAAACCAAACGGGCUUCACAAGUUACAGACAAGUAGUAGCUACCGCUCGCAUCAAAGAGCAACAAAUCCUCGGCUGUUUGAUCGUAGAAAUUUUCCUACCAAAUAAAUUCCGCGCCACCUGGAAUACCAGCAAGAUUUCAUUCGCUCAAAGACUCGAAACUUGCGUCAACGUAUUAACUAAAUUUCCGGAUCUACUCCCUAAGUGUGUGAGAAACGCGGUGGCUCUCCUGCUUCAAGUCGACAUUAUUCCCAAGAGUUACGGAAUUACAGGUGAGAACGAGCAACCAGCAACCUUUCGGUACCCCACAGUGACAUCAAUGGGUUUACCACCGCCCUCAGCUCACCAAUUCCUCCAACCAAUUCUUUCCACCAAUCUUCUACCUUACUGUUAUUUCCAACACCUGUUCCACGUCGUAGAAAUGCUUCAAGAGUACAGCAGCUUAGUCCGCGAAUUAAAUUCCCUUAUUCGCGAAGACGACCCCGAAGCCUCAAAAACCCGCGUUCAAUUUUUAUGCAAAAUAAACGAGUGCAAAGUAAAAUCACUUGCCCGAGAAUUAGACCGACUUUUACAAUCUCAAACGCGAAAUUCAAGUGACUUUAAUUCUAUUUUACAAUUAAUUGUUCCGCAUAUUAAACAAAUAAUGGAUGAACCCUACAGCGCAGUUUUAGCAGCUUGGUAUUUACUCGAUCCAAUUGCCAAAGCACUGGGCCCUAAAGACACUGCGGAAACAUUUCUCACCCCAAUUAUUAAAUUAUACGAAAAUGGGUCUAUAAUUGACAGCAAUAUUUACGCAGAUUAUUUAUCACCAUCAACACUCGCUAAAUUCCGUACAAUGAGACUCUACCACCGUAGUUUCCUUCUUAAAUUGACGGUACGUUUAGGCCUUCGUAGAUUCCUAGAAAAUUUUAUAACUCCGCUUGUAGAAGCCGUGGGCUGUUACCGAGAUCACCCGCAAGCUUUGAAUAUAAAUCGCCAGCGCGCGGGAAAUUUAAAGAGCUGCGAUCUAAGCGAAAAUUCUGCAGACGGAGAAAUUGUUUUGUCCCCUUUAGACGAAGACUCUUCAGUAGACUCCGAGCAGAAUUUAAAUUCCGUUACCCUAGCUUGUGAUCUAGAAAAUUCACGUGACACCCCCACAAUUGAAAAUGAUGUUGAGGAAGUUUUCACAAUGGAAACGGAGGAAACUCUAUCUCCGACGGAAAAACUCCCUCAAGAUCCGCAUUUAGUGUUAAAUUUGAAUCUAAUUGACGACCUUAUUGACGAAAGCGUGCGCAAUUCUCCUCCGGGUACAAUUAAAUCGCCUACUAUCCCAAUCCCCAAAAGCGACCGGGGGAUAAAAUUAGUCGCAGAUUUUAACACUAUUGGCUGCCACGUGGGUAGUAAAACUUCCAGUGAAGAUUUGCCACUUUCAAGCUCAUACACCGGAACCGUUCAAAUUUCAACUUCAGACUUUGAUUUGGAAAAAACUAAGUCUGUUUUUGAAGCCGUAGCAAUUGGCGACGAAUUAGAUGAACCUGGGAAGAAUAAUGACUCGCAUUUGCUGGUAAAAGAGUGCAAAGUCUCGGAAGUAAGCGCUGAAUCGGUAAUCUGGCUUUCUCAUCGCCUAGGUCCGGUUCUUACAGCUCGCCACCUUUCAAGAAAUCUUUUGCGCAUGUUGACUCUCUGCUACGCCGGGAGCAAUAAUUUGCUUCCUAUAGACGAAGAUUUGUACUCUGAAGAACUUCACUGGAGAAAAGUCCAGUUAGUAGGUGAUGUAAACGCAAUAAAGGUUCUAGAAUCUUUGACAGCAAUUGCAAAUUUGUACGGAGAGCAGAUGAUAAUUUUGCAGUAUUUCGGUCACAUGGCGGAAUUAUUAACUUUAUGUAAGCGUAAACUGACUUCUAAUUUAGAAGGAGGGUUGGUUUCUUGUCUUGCAUUGCUGUCGUUUGUAACUCCGUGUCUUGGAGAUGCUUCAUUAAUGGACGCGUUGUAUGAAACGAUAGUAAAGUCUAUUUUGCAUCCAGCUGUAAGAAUUCUUUCUACAACUAGAUACUCAUUUCCCAGCGGGGUAAACGCAAGACUUGCACUAGCUAACAAAUGUUUGGAAGUUUUGUCGAGCUUUAGCAUCCGCUUAGGAAGCGCUACCACAAAAUCUCACCUAUCAGUACCGAUUCAAAGAUUCUUUUUAGCCUUUGACAAGGUAUUCACCCAAAAUCUAAUUCAAGAUGAAGAAAUUGCCAAAAAACGGGAUAGAGAUAGUAAAAAAAUAAACGAACGCAGUGAAAUUUUGAAAGAUUCGCUCGAUUGGACGCUAGUAGACUCUUCAGUGGGAAUUCAAACUGCAGUUACGGACAUGGCGGUCUCGUUUUCUCCCCCAAUAAUAGACAGUGACGAAUCUGACCCUCAGAGGAAUCAAGCUUUUGAAGAGCUCAAAGCGGUUUUUACCCUAGAAUUCGCUCACAAAGCGUAUCUCCUUUUUUACCGCCACUUAGACGAAGGCAUGAUGGAAGACUUGUUGAAGAACCAUCAAUUAAUCCGCGAUCUUUGCGAAAAAUAUGAACAAACUCUACCGACUUGUGAUAUCGGCUCGAGCAAAUCUGACCCAGCGUAUUUGCAAACUGAAACUUUAGAAGAUGAUGUUGUAAAAGGAGUCGGAAGCUUUGGGAAUAUUUCUGUGGUGGGUAAUAGAAUUGAAGUUGGUGAUCAGGACAAUUUUAAUUUAUCAAGCCGCGAAGGAUCUGCGGCUCAUGGUCGGCAGCUUCGGGGCAACUGGCUUGCUUACUGGGAGCACGAAAUCGGACGGCCUGAUAAAGACUUGACUUUUAAUAUCAAACAGAUAAAACUGCAGAGUUUCAAUGGACACACUAACAGUGUGAGAUGUCUGCAUGUUCUGGACAAUGAAAACAGUUUUAUGAGCGGAGCUAGGGAUAAAAGUGUUAAACUUUGGAGCAUCAGGAGCCAAGGUGACGGUACUGGAGUUUCUUCUUGCCAAUAUACGUACACAGGCCACAAAAAGUCUAUUUUAGCGCUCACGUUUUUGGAAUCUAUGAGGUACGCUGUUACCUGCGACGGAACGGUGCAUUGUUGGGACCCUUUUAUGGGAUCUUUGUUAGGGUGUCCUGAAAGCUCAAGGCAGGCUCCGGUUAAUGCUCUUGCUGCGAAUAAUACUCCUUCUACGUCGCUGUUAGCAGCGACUACUGAUGUCACUCUUCAUGUGAUAGAUUGCCGCACUUUUAGUUACGUUAAUGAACUCAAGGUAGCUAUUAACCCCGCGGGGCUUAUCAGGUGCAUUGCUGUGGCGCCCAGUGGCCAUUGGGUAGCUCUAGGCCAGGCUUCAGGAGUCCUUACGAUUCUGGAUAUUAGGACUGGGCUGAUAAUUGCCUCGUGGAAAGGCCACGAGUGUGAGAUUUUGCAGUUAGAAGCGGUUAAUGAGACGACUAUCGUUAGUUCGUCGCUGGAUCAAACUAUCGCAGUCUGGAGCGCUGUUGAUGGGAAGCUUAAGUUUCAUUUAAAAGGCGCUACUGAACCGGUUCAUUGUAUGGUUCUGUAUGAACAGCAGCUAAUUUCUGGGACUACUGCUAAUAGAAUUGGAGUGCAUGCUGCGGUUGAUAAUACUGCGGUGUUUUCUUCUUCUAAAUUAAAAUCUGACGCUUUUAAAGGCGUACUGACUACGAUGACUGGAAAAAAAAGAAUUAUGAUGAGGUCAGAGAUCAUUGGGUAUUCAGAUAAAGUAACAUGGAAGUGUAUCCGACGGGACUACGGUGGCAACAUACCAAUUAGCCGUUCUGCACGGCGUCCGGGGCCCGGUGUCAAGUGCACGCGUAGAUUUUGUUCCCCCGAGAGGAGAGAAGCGAAAAAAAAAAAAAAAAAAAAACAAGAAGAGAAGAGAAACAACGACGAGGAACUGAAGAAUGAGCGGCUCCCGCGGCGAAAGCCGGAAGGAUGUAAAAAGGAACGAAGGGUGUACAAAAAAAGAGCCAACUUGGGAAAAGAGAGCUCUCGACGUGAUAGAUAA